GCGGUCUGCGCGCACACUUUGCCCGGGUUCCACCGCACCGAGCCCGGCCACGAUGAGAACCUGGAGUCGGGGGAGGAACUCCGGCUCUUUAACCCUGCCUCUGCUCCUCUGGUGCCUGUGCACAGCUGCAGAAAACACCGAGCAUCCCAGCACAAAGCAGGGAAGUGCUCCAGACAAGUCUGAGCAGCAGGAAGAGUCAACAAAAACACAACGCCAUGAGACCACUGUACCACUGUUACUAAAGGGAAUAGAGCGCAGACCUCUCAGCCAGCUCAGACCUGGGAUUUACCCUGCGUCACUCCAGCUCGUGGUACAUGCAGAAGGUGAAGAGCUGAUCUUAAUGCUGGAAAAAAAUGAGGGACUUUUUGCGAGCCACUACACUGAGACACAUUACAGGGAGGAUGGAAGUGCGGUCACCGGUGCUCACAACUUCACGAUGAACUGUUAUUACCACGGGGAAGUGCAGGAGCAUCCAGGCUCUGAUGUCACCCUGAGUGUCUGCUCGGGCCUUCGAGGCUUCAUUGCACUCGAAAACAAGACAUUUAUCAUUGAGCCUGUGUCUGGACGCCACACUGGGGCCCACUUCAUCUACCGGGUGGAAGAGCUCAAGCUGGCAACUGGCGCUUGCGGCCAUGGCUUCAACCUGUCUUCUGUUGCACCUGAAAACCACAUCAGAAGCCCCUUUCAGUCUUUCCACACAAGGCAUAAAAGACAUAUUCAGAAGACAACUAAAUACGUUGAGCUGAUUAUUGUUGCAGACAACAGAGAGUUUCAGAAACAAGGAAAGGACUUGGAGAAAGUGAAACAGAGACUAGCGGAAAUAGCCAAUUAUGUGGACAAGUUUUACAGGGCCCUGAACAUCAGGGUGGCUCUGGUGGGUCUGGAGGUGUGGAGUGACUCUGAUAAAUGCCCCAUCACUCAGGAUCCCUUCACCACUCUGCACGAGUUCCUAGACUGGAGGAAAGUGAAACUACUGCCUCAGAAACCUCACGACAACGCUCAGCUCAUAAGUGGGGUUUACUUCCAGGGCACCACUAUUGGCAUGGCCCCCAUUAUGAGUAUGUGCACUGUGGAGCAGUCUGGAGGUAUUGUCAUGGAUCACUCUGAGAACCCGCUGGGUGCAGCCGUGACUUUAGCACAUGAGCUGGGACAUAACUUUGGCAUGAAUCACGACACUCCAGAGCGAGGCUGUGGGUGCAGGAUGACUGUUGAUCGGGGAGGCUGCAUCAUGACCCCAUCCACCGGAAGCAGUUUUACCAGUAGAAUGGACCAGAAGAAUGCUAGGGAAACAGGUCUCAUGGAUGGUGAACCGGGGAACCAGAAGCUGAAGAGCACAAGGAAACCCAAGCUCAAACUGGCUGGCACUUUGUGCCGAGAGUCCAGCAACUCGUGUGACCUGCCUGAGUUCUGCACUGGAGCCAGUCCUCACUGCCCAGCUAACGUUUACCUGCAUGAUGGACACGCCUGCCACAAAGUCGAGGGCUACUGCUACAACGGCAUCUGUCAGACCCACGAGCAGCAAUGCAUCACCCUGUGGGGUCAAGGAGCCAAGCCUGCCCCUGGGAUCUGCUUUAAGAGGGUUAAUUCUGCAGGGGAUCCCUACGGGAACUGUGGGAAGGACUCCAAAGGCUCGUUUGCCAAAUGUGACGCGAGGGAUGCAAAGUGCGGGAAAAUUCAGUGCCAGGGUGGAGCCAACCGGCCAGUGAUUGGAACAAACGCUGUUUCAAUUGAAACCAAUAUCCCGCUGCAAGAAGGAGGGCGUAUUCUGUGCCGGGGGACACACGUAUACCUGGGUGAUGACAUGCCGGACCCUGGACUCGUUCUGGCUGGAACCAAGUGUGGAGAAAACAUGGUGUGCCUGAACCGGCAGUGCCAGAAUGUCAGUGUCUUUGGUGUGCUUGAAUGCUCCGGGAAGUGCAAUGGACGUGGGGUGUGCAACAACAAGAUGAACUGCCACUGUGAAGCACAUUGGGCUCCUCCAUUCUGUGAGAAAGCAGGUUUCGGCGGAAGCAUUGACAGCGGGCCGAUGAGGCUAGCAGAUGUGCGUGUGUGUGUAUUAAUGUGCGUGUUGUCGUAUAUGGCAUCAGCCGACAGCGUGAUCAUUACUGUGGCAAUCCUGGUCACCCUGGUUAGCCUUCUUGUGGCCACUGUUGUCAUCUGCCUGAAGAGGAAGACUCUGCUGCGCCUCUUCAUCAGCAAUAAGAAGAGCACUUUGGAAAAACUCAGAUCUCUGGAGGAAAGCAGACCAACCAGUCCCAUCAGGACCGAGUCCAGGUACCGACCCACUCCACGACGCAAGCCUCCACCCAAGCCCUCCACAGCUAAUAUUUAUAAGCCAUCUCUCCUGAGUGCCGAGCCUCUCCUGCCUCCUCACAGCUUCCACUCCCACAGCCUGCGCAGGCUGCCCCUCUACCAGCCCCUGCACAUCAGCCACCCCAUGCCCGUGUCUCUGAGCGUGGGCCAGCCCACCCUGCCUCCUCUGCCGUUCGAUCACCGGGUCCUUCCCACCCACACGUCCCUCUCACCGCCUCUCGUGCCACCUUUCCUCAGCCUGCCGCGCAAGCAGUCGUCGUACCGAACAGACCAGGACUUUGAGAAGCCUAGUCCACCACAGAAACCGCUACCUGCGGAUCCGUUAGGAAGGAGCUCUCGACUGGGUCACUGUGCCUCAGCAGGAGGGGUCCACAUCGCUGGGGCUGGAGCUCUCCCAGUACCCAUCCCCAAAGUGCCCAGGCCUCCACCCAGCAUCCACUUACCCAACAGACCUGUACCAGCGUUGCCCUACAGACCUCCAAAGACUCCGAGGGACUGCUGAGCUCCCAGCAUCAG